AUGUCGGGCGACAAUCCCAACAACGGGGCACCUAAUGACCGCCGCGGCUCCGUCACCACUGCCGCUUUUUCUAACCUCUUUCACCGAAGCAACUCGAUCUCCACUAGCAACAACCGCGAAUCGGCCACCUCUGCUGCUGCACGGGAACAGCGCCGCCGGCUCUCUGUUACCACGUUAGGCCUGUCCGGUGCAUCUCCCAACUCGGCAACGGCCCCGUUUGGCAUUCGGAGGGGCAGCAUCUCCACCAACAAUUCGGACUCCAUCGACGAGAGUGCUGUCGAUGACGAAGAAGCUGCCAAAACAGGCACCUCGCCCUUUGCUCGCCGCAUGAGUUUCGGCGCCCAGGCUAUGCGCAACCUGCGCACUGGCAGCCCCGGAUCGUCUGGUAUGCCUCCCCAGCAUUCUAGAUUCCCUUCCGUGACUUCGCAUCCCCAGCGUAUCGGUGUUCCGUCUUGGUCGGACGCCGCCAGACGGGCGAGCACCUCUCAGGCAAGCAACACACUACCUUACAGAGCACCUUCUGACUCUUUUUCUGCUCGGGCAGACAAUGGCUAUAACUGGUCUGAGCAGCUUAGGUCUCGCGCCGAAAGCAGCGUCUCAGGCCAUCGCCCAACUUUCGGAGCCAGCGCCUACGGUUCCCCGCCUCGCCAGAGCGGCUACCACGACCGAGCCAAGUCCGUUUCCGACAUGCCUGCCCCUCCCCAGCAGGCUGCUGCUGUGAAGCCUAAGCCCCCCGAGAGGCCCAAGCCAGAUCACAUGCAAGAGCGCAUCCUCAAGGGGGAUUUCUACAUGGAUUGA